CACAUCUCGAAGAUGUUGCUUUUGAACGCGUACCCGAUUGCAUAUAUUGUUCUGUGGAUACCCGGGAUCUGUAACCGGCUCGUCGAAGCAUCGGGUCACUCAUCUAGGGUUCUACAGAUCAUGCAGGCGUCAACACAGUUUGUAGGGUUUGCAAACGCGUUGACCUAUGGGUGGAAUGAAAAUGUGGCAAGAAACAUAACAGAGAAAGUACGG